UGCCCGCUCCGCCUCCUGCUAGGUGGAGGCGGUGCUGUGGCGGGUGACCUGCUGCCUGUAGCCAGUUGCAGGACCUGGGCCUUGGUGGUCUCUGGGAACUGAGCAGAGAAUGCCAGAGCCACAAGCAAAGGCCGAAGAGUUCUAAGUAAGGCGGUGUGGUGGCUACCCAGGCACUGUGGCAGGGCUCCAGACUGGAGGAAGCCCAGAGAGCUUGAUGUGGGUCGAAGGCGGCCAUUCCCGGGAGCACUGCAAAAGACUUAUCCGCCCCUGUCUGGAGCGUUGUGAAGGAUCUGUGGGGCCUGACGCGUAGGUUUUCCACAGCUAGGGGCAGGUGCUCUGGAACCUCGUUCCCGCGGGACUGACGAUCUCUUUCUCUGGCACCCCGCGGUGCUUCAGAAAGGUUUAGAAACGUGGCGCUAUGAGGAGUCGUAGUAACUCCGGAGUCCGGCUGGACGGCUACGCGCGGCUUGUACAUCAGACGAUCCUGUGCCACCAGAAUCCAGUGACCGGCUUGCUUCCAGCCAGCUAUGAUCAGAAAGAUGCCUGGGUCAGAGAUAAUGUGUACAGUAUCUUGGCCGUAUGGGGUCUGGGUCUGGCCUAUCGGAAGAAUGCAGACCGCGAUGAGGAUAAGGCGAAGGCAUAUGAACUGGAGCAGAGUGUAGUGAAGCUGAUGAGAGGACUGUUGCAAUGCAUGAUCAGACAGGUGGAUAAAGUAGAGUCCUUCAAAUAUAGUCAGAGCACUAAAGAUAGCCUCCAUGCCAAGUACAACACCAAAACCUGUGCCACUGUAGUGGGUGAUGACCAGUGGGGACACCUGCAGUUGGAUGCUACCUCUGUAUAUCUGCUCUUCUUAGCACAAAUGACUGCCUCAGGACUCCACAUUAUCCACAGCCUAGAUGAAGUCAAUUUCAUACAGAACCUUGUGUUUUACAUUGAAGCUGCAUAUAAAACUGCUGACUUCGGGAUAUGGGAACGUGGAGACAAGACCAACCAAGGGAUAUCAGAAUUAAACGCCAGUUCAGUUGGAAUGGCAAAGGCAGCUCUGGAAGCACUAGAUGAGCUGGACUUAUUUGGUGUGAAAGGUGGGCCCCAGUCAGUUAUCCAUGUCCUACCUGAUGAAGUACAACACUGUCAGUCUAUCCUUAAUUCACUACUGCCCCGGGCUUCAACAUCCAAAGAGGUUGAUGCUAGUCUGCUCUCCGUAAUUUCCUACCCGGCCUUUGCUGUUGAAGAUAGCCAGUUGGUGGAGCUGACAAAACAGGAAAUCAUCACCAAGCUUCAGGGUCGUUACGGUUGCUGUCGUUUUCUACGAGAUGGAUAUAAAACUCCUAAAGAGGAUCCCAAUCGUCUCUACUAUGAGCCAGCUGAGCUGAAGCUAUUUGAAAACAUUGAGUGUGAAUGGCCACUGUUCUGGACGUACUUUAUCCUUGAUGGGGUCUUCAGUGGCAACACAGAACAGGUUCAAGAGUAUAGAGAAGCUCUUGAAGCAGUUCUCAUUAAGGGCAAAAACGGAGUUCCACUUCUGCCAGAGUUGUACAGUGUUCCCCCCGACAGGGUUGAUGAAGAGUAUCAAAACCCUCAUACUGUGGACCGAGUCCCUAUGGGGAAGCUGCCUCAUAUGUGGGGUCAAUCUCUAUAUAUUUUAGGAAGCUUGAUAGCAGAGGGAUUUUUAGCUCCUGGAGAAAUUGAUCCCUUGAAUCGUAGAUUUUCUACUGUACCUAAGCCAGAUGUCGUGGUUCAAGUUUCCAUUCUAGCUGAAACAGAAGAAAUCAAGGCCAUUUUGAAGGACAAGGGAAUUCUUGUGGAGACUAUUGCUGAAGUAUACCCCAUCAGAGUACAACCAGCUCGUAUUCUCAGUCACAUUUAUUCUAGUCUAGGAUGCAACAGUAGAAUGAAACUCAGUGGACGGCCAUAUAGACUCAUGGGAGUUCUUGGAACUUCAAAAUUGUAUGAUAUUCGGAAAACUAUCUUUACUUUCACCCCACAGUUCAUAGACCAGCAACAGUUCUACCUCGCUCUGGACAAUAAGAUGAUAGUGGAAAUGCUUAGGACAGAUCUCUCCUACCUCUGCAGCCGCUGGAGGAUGACAGGCCAGCCCACCAUCACCUUCCCCAUCUCACACUCCAUGCUUGAUGAAGAUGGAACUAGCUUAAAUUCAAGUAUUCUGGCAGCACUCCGAAAAAUGCAAGAUGGCUAUUUUGGUGGGGCAAGGACAUCAGUUGACUGAAUAACUGAAUCUGUGAAAACCAAACACACAGAUAAGGAAGGAAUAUCAUGCCUCAGCAAUCCCUGAACUUUUUGGCAAGAGGGGGUGGUUUUGGAGGGAUGGGAGGGGUACUUUCUGAAUGAUUCAAAGGACCCCAAUGUGGAUCCCUUGCAUGUGCAAUUCACAGUAGGGUUCCUGGCGCUUUGAGAAUCAACUGCAGCUUAUCUGACAGAAGGUGGAGCUCAGGUGGUAAUGCAGGCAAGUGAUGGAGAGCUGCCAUACAUACAGAUGAAGCUUCCCUGGUUCCUCACUUGCUGCUCACCAGGUCUGUGAACCCCAAGAUUGAGGAUAACUGCUGUAUCUACCAUCUCAUAUAGAAUCUAUAUUCUAAUUGUUCAGUUGUCCCCAUGAUGUUUUUCCACAGAUUUUUUCCCAACUAAAACCAACCAAAGGUCACAUAUGAGCAUUUACUAGUUAUAUCCCUUUUGUGGUUUAAUCUCAUCUUAAUCUAGAACAGUGAGCCACUAGUUUGUUAAUCUUUCAAAUUUUGAAGAGGACAGGCCACUUAAAGCAAGAUGUCUCAGUUUGGAAUUGUCUCGUUGUUUCCUCAUGAUGAGAUUUACAUUGUAUGUUUUGAUAGGAAUGCUACCUGUGCAAUGUUGAACCCUUGGUUUAAUUUAGGAUCUUUAAGAUGGAGUGCACCUCUUUGAUGAUUAAGAAAUAUGCAAAACAGAAAUAAAGAUUUUAUCACUUACUGGUUCAGUGCUGUGGGAAGUAAACAACACGCUUGGAAGCCACACGCAGAGGCCAGGGAACAUGUGAGAGUAUGGGAAGGGGAGGGGUAAUGAGGUAAAGAGGCAGAGGGAAGGACACGGCAGAGAGAGAGCUCUAUGAGCCAAGGCAUUAACACAUUUAUUAGGAUUCAGAGCACUGUCUGACAGGGACCUGGGCUGCUGGCGGGGGUGAGUUCCUGCUCAUCAUCCUGAGCCCCCGGAGAGUUUAAGAUCAUCACUCCCAGUAGUCAAGGACACACCCAGCUUCCAGCCACACUAGACUGGGCUCUGCAGGUUUCAUGCCUGCCUGUGCCACACCCAGUGUCCUUCUUUCAAUCUGGGGAACUGGGCUACCAGAGGAGGGAACUGUGUUGCCAGAGGAGAUGAGUUCCUGAACACCAUCCCGAGCCCUGGGAGAGCUUAAGAUCAUCGCUUCCAAGGACAUGCCCAACUUCCAGCCACACUACACUGGGCACUGCAGGUUUCAGGGCUGCCUGGGCCACGCCCAGUGACAUUCUUUUAACCCUGGGAACUGUGCUGCCAGAGGAGGUGAGUUCCUGCUCACCAUCCCAAGCCCUAGGAGAGUGCAAGAUAAUGGCUCCCAGUGGACAAGGACCUACCCAGCUUCCAGCCACACUAGACUAGGCUUGGGAGGUUUUGCAGCCAAACUAGAUUACACCAGGCAACCUUCUUCAAUCAGGGGAAUUGUGAGCACGUGAAGUGAGUUCUGCACAUUGGUCCUUGCCGGGGGAGAGCUUUGGACCAUCAUCCACAGUGGUUAGGUGCCCACCCAGCAUUCUGGAACACUGGAACUGGCACAGGAAGUCCUGUGGGCCUCACUGGACCACACUCAGCAACCUCCAUUCAGUCCCAGGCACCAAGGGCAUAGGAGACCAUUUCCAACAUGCCCAGGGGAAGCUUUGGAAGAACACUUGAAACAUGGAAAUAUAGGAAAAUGACAAAACAAAAGACCAAAAUGCAAUCUCAAACUUCUAGCCCAUUCCAAGAAAGCCUAUGAGCCAUGCACAUAGAAGAAAAUAUAUGCUGUACACUUGAAACCUGGAAAUUAUUGCAACUGAAAUAAAGAAGCAACUCUGGGAAGCUUUAAAGGAAUUCAAAUUAGAAAUAAUAUCCCAGGUAAAAGAAGAAAUGAUACAGUAAUUAAAGAGAUAUUGAACACAAAUAAAGAAGACACAGUUAAAAAGUUAGGGGAACAAAAAAAAAAAAAAGAAUCCCUGGAUAAACAAUAUAAGAAACAAACAGAACACAUGAAGCAGAUUCAAAGAGAUAUACAGGAAAUCAAAAAUUCCAUUGAAAGUUGUCAAACCACCUCAGUGAAAGUGAAGAUAGCAUUUUAGACCUUGAAGACAAGAUUUCAGCUAGUGAACAGGAAAGGAAAGGUCUUUUAAAAAUAAGGAAUCAGGAAAUAAUUCAACAGCUGCAAGAUGAUGCAAAGAAAAACAACACGAGAUUGAUAGGAAUAAAUGAAAAAGAAGGGCACAACACAAAGGAUAUUUAGAGAAGUAAUAGCUAAAAAUUUCCCAAGCAUGAGAAUGGAAACUGACAUGAGGAUCAGUGAAGCAAACAGAACCCCAAGUGGCCAUAACCAAAAUAAAACUACAGCAAGACAUAUAAUAAUCAGCAUCCAAGAAAUCCAACACAAGAACAGAAUAUUAAAAGCUGUUAAGAGAAAAGACACAUCACCUAUAAAGGAAAACCUAUCAGAAUCACAGCAGACUUGUCAACACAAACAAUGAAGUCAAGAAGAGCAUGGAAUGAAGUAUUUCAGAUCCUAAAGGAAAAUGAUUUUCAACCUAGACUGAUGUACCCUGCAAAACUGUCCUUCAAAAUUGAUGGAGAAAUAAGAUACUUCCAUGACAAAGAACAGCUGAAGGACUUCAUGAUCACCAAGCCAACCCUGCAAAGAAUACUGAAAGACAUUCUAGAUACACAUAGGAAAAAACCACUAAGCAAGGCAGACAAUUAAACAGAAUGGAAAGAUAAAGAUGCAACAGCAGAAAGAUAACAUGUCAACAAUAAACCAAUAUAUAACAGUUAUAACCAUUAAUGUAAGUGGUUUCUAUUCAGUAAUUAAAAGAAACAGACUGCCACAAUGGAUCAAGAAACAACAUUCAACUAUAUGUUGUCUACAAGAAACCAAUCUAACCCAAAAGGAAACUCACAGAUUGAAAGUCAAAGGAUGGAAAAUAAUACUUCAUGCAACAGGAACCAAAAAAAAAAAAAAAAAAAAAAAAAAAGCAGGCGUAGCCAUUCUAUUUGGAGACAAUGUGAACUUCAAACCAAGAAUGAUUCAAACAGAUAACGAAGGUCAUUACAUACUGGUUAGGGGAAAACUUCAAGAGGAAGAGAAAACAAUCUUAAAUGUAUAUGCACCAAAUUCCAGAGCACCAAGUUAUACAAAGCAAGUAUUAAAAGAAAUGAAAAAUCAAAUUAGCAAUAACACAAUUAUAACAAGAGACCUUAACACACCAUUGACACCAAAGGAUAGAUUAAUCAGACAGAAAAUCAGCAAAGAACAGAAUUGAAUCACAUCUGUGAACAAAUGGACUUGAUAGACAUAUACAGAGUGUUCCACCCAACAACAUCAGAAUGCAUAUUCUUCUCAGCAGUCCAUGGGACAUUCUGUAAAAUAGACCAUAUACUAGCCCACAGAACAUAUUUAAUAAAAGCAAAAGAAUUGAAAUUAUCCCAUGCAUGUUAUCAGAUCAUAGCACCAUGAAACUAGAAAUUAAUGAUAAAAGAAACUGUAAAAAACCCACAAACAUAUGGAAAUUAAAUAAUACACUUUUGAGCAAUCAGUGGGUAACUGGGGAAAUUAAACAAGAAAUUAGACAAUACCUACAAGCAAAUAAAAAUACAAAUGCAACUUACCAGAAUCUGUUGGAUGCAAUGAAAGCGGUCCUCAGAGGAAAGUUUAUUGCACUGAGUUCCCACAUCAGGAAAACAGAAUGAAUACAAAUAAACAACCUGAUGCUACACCUCAAACAUCUAGAGAAAGAAAAUAAGUCAAGCCCAAAGCCAAAAGAAGGGAGGAAAUUAUAAAAAUUAGAGCAGAAUGUAAUGCAAUAGAGGCUAAGAAAACAAUCCAAAGAAUCAAUGAAUCAAAGAGUUGGUUCUUUGAAAGAAUAAACAAAAUUGAUAAGCCCCUAGCCAACUUUAUUUUAAAAAGAGAAGAAAAAGCUCAAAUUCAUGCAAUAAGGAAAGAAAAGCCAAAAUUACUACAGACUGUGGAAAUACAUAAGAUCAUCAACAUUGAUUUCAAAAACCUCUACUCUCAUAGGUCUGAUAACACAGAAGAAAUGGACAGAUUCCUAGAAACAUAUGAGGUACCAAAGCUGGGUAAAGAAGAUGUAAAUCUGCUGAAUAACCCAAUCUCUAUUAAAGAAAUGGAAAAUGUAAUUAAGUCCUUACCUACAAAGAAGAGCCCAGGCCCAGACAGAUUCCCUGCGGAAUUCUACAAGUAAUACAAAGAAGACUUCAUGCCAACACUCUUCAAACUCCUCAAUAAAAUCCAAAGGGAAGCAAUUCUUCCUAAGUCAUUCCUGUAAGCAAAAACCUAGUACAAAAACCUGAGAAAGACCCAACUAAAAAGAGAACUUCAGGCCAAUCUGCCUAAUGAACACAGAUGCAAAAAUCCUCAAUAAAAUAUUGGCAAAUAGGAUGCAGCCUAUCAUCAAGAUGAUUAUACACCAUGAUCAACUGGGAUUCAUCCCAGCUGUGCAGGAAUGGUUCAACAUAUGCAAAUCAAUAAAUGUAAUCCACCAUAUCAAUAGAGCCAAAAGUAAGAAUCACAUGAUCAUUUCUAUAGAUGCAGAAAAAGCUUUUGAUAAGGUCCAACACUCACUCAUGAUGAGCACCUUACAGAAAAUUGGAAUAGAUGGUCUUUUCCUUAAUAUGAUAAAGGCCAUCUAUGACAAACCAACAGCCAGCAUCAUAUUAAAUGGCCAAAAACUGAAGGCCUUUACCUUGAAAUCAAGCACAAGACAAGGAUUUCCCUUAUCACCACUCCUAUUCAACAUAGUACUAGUAAGCCUAAGCAAUAAGGCAAGAGAGAAAAAUAAAAGCGGUAAAGAUAGGAAAAGAAGAAGUUAAGUUAUCAUUAUUUGCAGAUGACAUGAUACUCUACAUAGAAGACCCCCAAACCUCCAUUGAAAGACUCCUAGAUACAAUAAAUAAAUUCAGCAAUAUAGCUGGAUACAAAAUCAAUAGCAUUUCUAUACACUAACAACAAAAUCGCUGAGAGAGAAGUAAGAUUAGCCACACCCUUCAGACUAGCAUACAAAAAAUGAUAUACUUAGGAAUUAAUCUCACAAAAGAAGUGAAAGAUCUAUACAGGGAAAAUUAUAAUGCCCUGAAAAAGAAAUCAAAGAGGAUCUCAGAAAAUAGAAAAACAUCCCUUGUUCAUGGAUAGAAAGAAUAAAUACUGUGAAAAUGACCAUUCUCCCAAAACUCUUAUACAGAUUCAAUGCAAUCCCAAUAAAAAAUACCAUCAACAUACCUCCUAGAUCUAGAGAAAUCACUCCUAAAAUUUAUCUGGAGCCAGAAGAAACCUAGAAUAGCAAAGGCAAUUCUAAGCAGCAAAGACAAGGCAGGAGGCAUCACAAUCCCUGACUUGAAGUUAUACUACAAAGUUACUGUAAUAAAAUCAACAUGGUACUGGAAUAAUAACAGAUCUGAAGAUCAGUGGAACAGAUUAGAAGAUGUAGCCACAACUACCAACACAGUUAACCACCUUAUCUUUGAUAAAGGGACCAAACAUGUUCACUGGAAGAACAACAGUCUCUUUAUUAAAUGGUGAUGGAAAAACUGGCUCUCCAUAUGCCGAAAACUAAAAGUCGACCUAUGCCUAUCACCAUGUACUAAACUAAAAUCUAAAUGGAUCCAAGAUCUGAAUAUUAAAACAGAAACACUAAAUCUGUUGGAAGACAAAUUAGGUAAAAACAUUGAAGCCGUAGUGGUAGGUAGAGAACUCGUGAAUAGGAAUCAAACUGCAUGGGAAAUACUUGUCAGAAUCAAUAACUGGGAUGACACCUUAUUAAAAAUUUUCUGCAUGUGAAAAGAAAUCUCCAGCAUAGUGAAAAGAAAACCCACAAACUGGGAAAAAUGUUAGUGAACUGUCCCUCAGACAAAGGAAUUCUGUCUAAAACAUACAAAGAAUUUUAAAAAAUCAGACCCCUGAAAUUCAAAGACCCAAUCCAAAAAUGGGCAUCUGAGAUGAAUACACACUUCUCAGAUGAAGAAAUACAAAUGGCCAGUAAAUACAUAAAAAAAUGUUCAUCAUCAUUGGUCAUUAGAGAAAUGCAGAUUAAAACAACACUGAGAUUCCAUCUCAUUUCAGAAAGAAUGGCCAUGAUAAAACUACCAACAACAAGUGCUGGAGAGGUUGUGGGGAAAAAGGAACUCCCCUGCACUAUUGGUGGGAGUGUCAACUGGUGCAACCACUGUGGAGAUCAGUCUGGAGAUUCCCCAAAAAGCUGGGAUUGGAAGUCCCAUUCGACCCAGCUAUUCCACUUCUAGGCAUAUUCCCAAAAGAACUGAAAACAUACCACAGUGAUAUAUGUGCACCCAUGUUUAUAGCAGCACAAUUUGUAAUAGCCAGAUUUUGGAAACAACCUAAGUGUCCAUCAACUGAGGAAUGGAUAAAAAGUUGUUGUAUUUUCAUACAGUGGAGUACUACUCAGCUAUAAAGAAUGAUCACAUUGAGAUAUUUAUAAGUAAAUGGAUGCAAUUUGAGACCAUACUCAUAAGCAGAAUAAAUCAAACUUACAUGUAUAAAUACCGUAUAGUAUAAGAAAUGGUAAGAGUACGUAAGAGUUUAUGGUAAUCAUGAUUCCUCAUUACAUUGCUUUGAAGCCUUAUAAUGUUUCCAAUCAUUAGUUGGAAUGGUUUUAUCCUGGUUUGUUUGAUUUUUAUUAUCUGUGAUAGUAUGAACAGCUAUUUUGAAGAAAACAAUAUAUUAUUAUAGCCAUUGCUGAUUUAAUAUCAUCUAACUCUGAAGUCCUACCAUGCUUUUGUUCUUCUGUUUCUAUUGGUUCUAUCAUAUUGGAUUUUAUUUUGUGUGAUAGUAUAAACAAGUUUUCUAUGGAAAAUGAGAUAAUGUGGUAGCCAUUGUUCACUUUCUGUUAUUUGGUUCUGAAUGCUUUUUAAUACUUUCAUUCUCUUGAAUGGUUUUAUACUAUUUUAUUUUGUUUGUUACUAUUGUAUAUGAAGUUAUGCUCAACUAUUUCAAAGAAAGAGACAUUAUGGUAGUUACUUUUAAUUACAGGUUGUCUUGUCAUUAAAUACUGUGUUGCUUACAUUGUUCUGUUUUGAUCUGCUUUGUUAUGUCCUCUUUUGUCUUAAUCUCUUUAAAAUAAAAAAAAUUUAAAAAUGAUUCAGAGCAUUACCCACACAAAUCUCCCAUAGAUAAUUUUAAUGGAUAGAUUUAAAGCAUGUAGGCACAAUUUCCAAGUGGUGAUUCAGAAGCAGUUGUUGUAGCAUAUCUGCACAGUCUUUGUGAGGUAAGAUCAGUGGGACUGGUCAAAUAGCUUUUAUCUAGUUGUCUCGUGGGUGGUCACUAGAAGGCAGCUACAUAAAGCAAAUAUUUGAAUGGACCACAUUGAGGAACUGAGGAAGGAGUAAAACUGGAAACUGUCAAGGGUGAUUAUUUAUUUCAAUGUUCUUUGGUAGUAGAAAGCUAAAUCUAUAUUCAAAAUUGAUGCUGAAGGACAUAAAAUUAUAAGCAUUCAUUAGAGCCCUUAAGUCAUCUUAUGAGGAGGCAUGUGGUUUGUUACAUUAUUGGUGAUGUUACCAUGAUCGCUUGGUUAAAGUAUCUGCCAAGUUUUUUUCUUAUCUUUCCCAACAGUCUUUAAGCAAAUGAUAUUACCUCCCCUUGAUAUUUGCAUGAAUCAGUUAUUACUAAUGGAGUUGUAAAAGAGUGCAUCUAUCACAAUGCAUGCACUCAUUAGUUAGACUUCUUGUGUAUAAAAUGAUCUUUCCAUUCCCUUCCUGUUUUUAAUAGGUUAGAAUCAGCAUAGACCCAUGAAUUUUCCUUUAUUAGUAUUAUGUUUGCAGUACAUAAUGAUCACAUUCAUCAUGAAAAAAUUGUAACAUACAUAACACAUCUUAAUUCUUUUUUGUCCUUUUCCUCUUCUUUCACCCCAA